AUGUCGUCGACAUCGCAAAAGGGCGGACGGGGCGUACUCGGGGCCAAGUGGCUGUGGCCUGCUGUCGCAGUUGCUGGCGCAGCUUCUGCAGGCCUUGCGUACUACUACUACAAGCUCUACGCCUCGGCAUCCUCGGCCAAGGCUUCGGGUGACAAGGCCGACGGCCUGUCGCGUGGCUUCCUCAUCCCUCCGUCGUCGGCCUCUGCGGACGGCUCACCGGCUGCCUCACCGACUGCCUCCUCCUCCUCCAUCCGGAGGAGCACCUCGGCAUCAGGUCUGGCUGGCGCAGUGCCUCAGCCGGCAGACGCUGACCUUUCUCCCCAGCAGCGUGCUGCAGAGGCCAUCCGCCAGAAGGGUAACAAUGCGUUCAAGGCAGGCAAGUUCCGCGAGGCUGUGCAGGCGUACACCGAGGCGCUCUCGCUCGGCCCGCAUCCGUACGGGGCUGUGCGGUGCUACACGAACCGGGCGAUUGCCGAGACGCGGCUGAAGGAGUGGGAUGCGGCGCUGGUCGACGCCAUGAUGGCGACGACAGCGGACCCCGAGUUCUCCAAGGCGUACUACAUGGCCGGGCAGGCGUAUAUGGGCCUCGGGCUCCCGCACCGGGCAGCUGGCAUGUUUGCCACCGCCAAGGAGAAGAGCGGCGGCAAGAAGGCGCAGGCCGAUGCCGAGAAGCAGCGGGCGGCUGCUGCCGAAAAGGCCGCAGCCAUGACCGCCGAGGAGGUCAAGGCUGCCGAGGACAGCGUGUACGCCGCCCGCGACGCUGCCAUCUCUGCUUUGCUCAAAGCCGCCGAGGCCGGCAUGAUCGGUUCAAACAAGACCGUGGCCGACUACAACAACGCCACCGGCAUGCUUCUCAAGGCGCUGAUGAUGGGCGAGCUGGACGACUACAAGAACAAUGCGCUCAAGGCCGACGUCAUCCGCCUCCUCGGCCGCUCACACUUUCUGGCCCAGCGGUUCCAGGCCGCGGCCGAGAUGUACUCGGCACACAUGGGCCUUGCGCAGAUGGUCAAGGACGCUGGCGCGCCUGCCGGCGCCGACGCCGGCGAGGUCUCGGCCACCGGCGCCCGGUGGGACGCCGACAUCCAGGAGUCCAAGUUCUUCCUGGCCCAAUCGCUCCGUGCUCUCGGCGCCAACCGCGACGACAUUAUCCGCCUCCUCACCGACGCUGCCAACGGCCCGGUCCCUUCGCUCAAGACCCGCGCCUCGACCGAGCUGAUCAAGGUCUACAAGACCAUGCGCGCUGCCGAGGCCGACGGCUCGGACAAGGCCCUCGAGCUCGAUGCCCUCAUCGCCUCACUCGACGUCGAUGUUGCCAAGCCGAGCGUUGAGCUUGAGCUCGAGGCCGAGACUGAGGCCGAGGCUAAGACCGAGACCGACGCUGCCGCCGCCGCUGACGCCGCCGCUGAGACCGAGACCGAGGUCGACGCUGACGCCGACGCUGACGCCGCCGCUGAAACCGAGACCGAGACCGAGGCCGAGGCCGACGCUGACGCCGCCGCUGAGACCGAGGCCGAGACCGACGCUGACGCCGACGCUGACGCCGCCGCUGAGACCGAGGUUGAUGGAGCUGUGUCCGAGGUCGAGGACGAGGACGCCGAGUAA